CCGGAGCCAGAUGUGUUCCCCUGACACAUGGAUCCAAGUCCUGAAGAAUGGCACUAAGCCUCGAGUUAUUGCUAUCAAGGAUCGCACCCUUUCUGCGGGGCGAGAUGCCGCAAUGGUGCCGCGUCUCGAGUCGUCCUCCCACACUCCAGACCGGCCGGUCGCUUCGUUGGCUAUCAUAUACUUACCCUCCUCGAUCACCGGGGAUUCCAUUGCAGAGCAUACGUACUACCUCCCCGUCUUAGUGCCACCGUCCUGCAUCAUCAACUCCUUCUCAGAGGAGAUAGAGAGGCAUGCUGCGAGGCAUCGAUGGGAGAUGCUGGAUAUACCGGAGAGCAAGGUUCUGACCCUCACGCGGACCCAGAAACAGGAGAUCAUAGACGCUAAUCAAGUGGAUUCGUUGGACGCCGAUGACGUCUGCAGUGCGUUCGAAGCGCUGUUCGCGGAGUCUGAGAGUCGUAGUGUGCAAGGACAUGCUCCGCUGAAGGACUUGGGCACUAGAGUCAACGUCUUGACUGUACUCACGUUGCUUCUCUCGGUCCUCUUGACCUACACCCUGAAGGACGUCCGUGCCUCCUUCCCUCCAGCCAGCGUGGUAUCGCUGAACGGGUCUCGCACCAUCGACAGUCCUAACCGAUCCGUCUCCGUUCCUCAGCCCGUCGCCGUCCCGCUUGCGGACAACAACAGUGGCAAAGCCAUGAUCUCCUCGUCUAUGAAGGAUCUGGCCCUCGCCAUCUUCGACACGGGGUCCGGAUCUGGCUCUUCUUCCCCCGUGCCUUCGGGCUCCAAGCGCAUGCCAGCUGCUGAGCGGGGAGCUAGAACGGGAAGGCAUACGUGCUCAAGACCGAGCGCGCCCCUGGCGAAGCUUCCCGCAGCUGAGCUGAUCCUUCGUCCGGACUACUCUGUACCGGCGUUGAACAACGCUGCCAGUGCGGCCGUCUCCAAGGCGCUCUCUGUCAUUACCCCCGCUCAUUCCACCCUCAAGGGCAAGGGUAAAGCCAAAGACGACGGGCGGGAGGAUGUCACGGCCUUGAGCCUUCGCGUCAUGGGCUCAUUAUCUGAAUGGUUCGACGUACAGACUAUCUUGAACGGCGUCAGACGGGAUGUUAGCGACCUCGUGAACGCCUUGGAAGAUCUGAUGCACAUGCUGGGCGGGAUAGUCGAACAGGGCCGGAAGAGUCUCCUGACGUUCGUUGCUAGCUUAGAGCGUCCUACUGGGGAAGCGCCGGAGCAGUACGAAGCUCCUGUACCCGACGGGAGAGGUCUACGAGAGGCGCUUACCGAGAGGCAUUCCAGAGCAAAGCAGAGGGCUAAGGAGAUUAAGGAGGCCGGCUCGAGGUGGAUGGCGGACGUGAAGCAUAGGGCGGAAGACUGUGCCAAGGAGCGCGUCGUCGCUCUUGGGGGACCGGUCUCCGGCCAUAUUGAACGCCCCAAGCGCGCCUGCGACAGGAAGGGGGAUCUCAGGGAGCUCUCGAGGGGCAUACUGGAUUAUGUCCUCUGAUGGCUCGCUUUGUAUGUGGUAUUGAGCGCCAUUCGCUCCUGUAUGUUUUAUGUUCCAUGCCAUAUCUGUAUUUCCAUCUCAAGUUCUGUAACAAUAUGUACCCGCGUAUAUGGACUUUCGGCUCUCUUCC